ACGAAGCCACGUUCGGAGCCGGAUGAAAACGCGCUGAGUCGUCUCCGGGUUUGUUUGUCGCACCAUGGCCUCCUACUUCGAGGAGCACGACUGCGAGCCAGGUUCUGGGCCGCCGGAGACGCUGCAUCGCCGGGCGCUGUUGGAGCUGGCUAGGUCUCUGUUCCACGGCCUGGAGCUCGAUCUGGGCUCCCUGGAGGGCGGCGACUGGGCACACCGGCUUCCUCCCCCGGCUUCCAGGCGGGUCGUCGAGAACCUCCCUACGGUGCAAGUGACGCCGCUGCAGGCAGAUGCAGGGUUGAAGUGUCCUGUAUGCCUGCUCGAAUUUGAGGAGAACGAGGUGGUCAGGAAGAUGCCGUGUGAGCACUUCUUCCACAAAGACUGUAUCCUUCCCUGGCUUGGAAAGACCAACUCCUGUCCCCUCUGUCGUUAUGAACUGCCUACUGAUGAUGAGCUAUAUGAAGAGUUCAAACAAGACAAGAUGCGAAGGGAGCAGCAAGCACACCGACUGGAGUACCUUCAUGGGGCAAUGUACACGUGACACAUCCUUUCCUCUUGAGCGUUCCCUAUUUCCCCCCACCGGGGGUGGGGGGUGGGGAUUAACAGCAACCUCUUCCAAGGCUGGCAGGGACCAGGAUGCUCUUGGCACAGUAUUCCUCCUCUUCCAGUAUCUGGCCAUGGGCUCGUCACACAGAAAUAUUGCCUUCUUCCAGGAGUCCAGAAAUAAA